AUGUCAAACAAAGAUCCUUUCUGGCACAUGGUGAACAUGUAUCUUCAGCAACUGAAAGGAUUGCAAGAUGGUUUCUACAAAAAACGGGUGGGGCUGCAAAUGCUUGACCUCUAUUGGUUGCAGUUUGCCAGUGACCUGAGUGACAUCAGUUUGGCACUUGACCUUCCUGAGAAGAAGCCAAUUCGAGGAGGCUCCUGCUCGGCGAUGAUCAAACUAUUAAAUGAUAACAAGGAUUUGUAUGUUGCCCAUGACACGUGGAAUCAUUACUCAAGUAUGUUGCGGAUUAUCAAGAGUUAUGACUUUGCUUUCCAUAUUUUACCAAAUGCUAAAUAUGUCAUUCCUGGUAGAAAAAUUAGUUUUUCAUCAUACCCUGGAUUACUUUACUCUGGUGAUGAUUAUUACCUUCUCUCAUCUGGAAUGGCAUCAUUGGAAACGACAAUAGAAAACAAUAAUAAGGAAAUAGCCAAAAGAAACACGUUAGCAACUGAAUGUGUACUGGAAGGGGUACGAGCAAUGGUUGCCAACCGCAUUGCUACUAAUGGACCCCAGUGGGCUAAAAUCUUCUCAGCAUACAAUAGUGGAACCAUGCAAGAUGCAUAUUCUCCAUUUUCCCUUUUUUCUUCCUUCAUUUUCCUUCACUUUUUCCCUUUUUCUCUUAUGCUUUCAUUUUUUUCUUUUUGUCUUUCAAUCUUUCUCUUUUUCACUUUUCUUUUCACACUUUCCUUUUGUCUCCACAAGUUCCUUCACUCUCUCGCUUUUCCUCUUCUCUUUUCAUGCUUUCUUUUUUCGCCAAAUUUUCCUUCACUCUUUCUCUUUUCCUUUCAUAUAUUCCUUUUUUCCUCUUUUUCUUUCACUCUUUCCUUUUUAUUCUUUUUCUUUCACACUUGUUUUUCUCCACAUUUCCCUUCACUCUUCUUCCUCUUUUCUUCUUAUGCUUUAUUUUCCCUCUUUUUCUUCCGCUCUUUCUCUUUUCUUUUCAACACAUUUUCCUUCACUUUCUUUUUUCCUUUAAUGUGUUUUUCCUCUAUUUCUUUCAGUCUUUCUCUUUGCCUGUUAUUCUUUCACGCAUUCUUCCAUCCCCAAAUUUUUCUUCACUCUCUCUCUUCUUCUUCCACAUUUUCUUUUUUCCUCAUUUUUCUUUCAUUCUUUCUCUUUUCCCCUUUUACUUUCAUGCUUUCUUUCUUCCCAAAAUUUUUCUUCACUCUUUCUCUUCUCCUUUCUUCAUUUUUCUUUCACCCUUUCUCUUUUUCUCUCAUGCUUUCUUUCUUCCCCAAAUUUUCUUCACUCUCACUCUUUUCCUUUUACGCUUUUCUUUUUCUCUACAUUUCCUUCCACGCUUUCAUUUUUCUUCUUUUCUUUCCUUGCACUCUUUCUCUUUUCACUCCUUCUCUUUUCUGCUCUUUCUGUUUCUUUCAUUCCUUUAAGUCUUUUGUUGUUUUUUUUCUUUCUCUCUUUCUUUUUCCUCAACUUCUUUCACUCUGUUUUUAUCUUUUAAUUCCACUCACUUUUCUCUUCUUUUCACACCAUUUUUCUUUUUGCUUCUUUUCCCUUCUCUCUUUCAUUUUCCUCGUUAAAAGACACUUUCAGUUUUAUUAUCGUUUCAUUUCUUUCUCUUUUUUUUUAUUUUCUUCUUUUCCAUUUCUCUUCUUUUCUCACUCUUUCUUCCUUUUGUUCUUUAACUUCUUCUAUCUUUUGAUUUAUUUUCUUUCAUUUUUUCCUUCUUAUACCUUUCACUCUUUCUCCUUUUCCUUCUUUUCUCUUCCAUGUCCUUUCUUUUCCUUUUUUCUUUUUCCUUUUCCUUUCUUUCUCCUCACUCUCUCUCUCUCUCUUUCCCUUAAUUCUCUAUUCAUUUCUUCUUUCCUUUCACUUUACAACAACCAAUGGAUGGUGGUUGAUUACAAUCUGUUUACUCCAGGCCGUACACUUCCAGACGAGGGAUUGCUCAUUGUGCUUGAACAACUGCCAGGUUACAUCAAAUAUGAAGACCUGACUCCCAUAUUAAAAGAACAACGAUAUUGGGGCAGUUACAACACACCGUAUUUCCCAGAGGUUAUCAAACUAAGCAAGCAGCAGGACAUGAUCAAUCAGUAUGGAGAUUUAUUCACCUACAAAAAUGCACCUCGAGCAAAAAUUAUGCGCCGAGAUCAAGGCAACGUGACAGACAUGAAAUCAAUGAUAAAAUUAAUGAGGUACAAUGAUUUCACUCAUGACCCUCUAUCCAAAUGUAACUGCACACCCCAAGGAAAUGCAGAGUUGGCCAUCUCAGCCAGGUCAGAUUUAAAUCCUGCCAAUGGUUCAUAUCCACAAAAUUUCUUGGGCCAUCGUCCUCAUGGAGGCACUGACAUGAAGCUGACCAACAGUUCUCUUGCCCGCAAUCUCCAAUUUGUCGCUAUUGCUGGGCCAACCUACGAUCAAGUAGCACCUUUCCAAUGGAGCAAGUCAGAUUUCAAGAAUACAGUAUCACAUAUUGGCCACCCAGAUCUCUUCCAAUUUGGGCCAUAUAUUUUUGGGGAUGAUGUCACUAAGUUUGAAUGA